CAUUUCCAUGUCAACAGUGCCUAUGCGUGUGCGCGUGCGCAUGCAUGUUUGCGCGCGCUGCGGAUGUGCGGCAUCAUGCACAGAAGUUCUCGUCAGACGCACGUUUAUUUUUGGUGCGCUCUGACGUCAAGAGCGCACGUUUCAUUCAGCAGGCUAGGAAAGUAAGUUAUUUAUAACCCGCAGCGUCUCCAGGUUGUGCUCCUUGAGUGCGCACCGAGAAGAAUCCAAAGCAUCCUCCUCGUCGGGACUCACGCGACUGGAGGACGACAAAAAAACAAAACAAAAAAAAACCAAAAAAAAGCUCUGGUGCGCUAAUGUGCGUCCCGCUUUACAAUCACACAGUUUCGUCUCCAACCCAGGUGAAGGCGUGGAUGGCUCACAAAUAGGCAAAAACCAAACAAAACGUGUGAACUUUCUAUUUUGACUGGAGCCAUUAUCUCCUCGGUUCUCCAUCCUGCUGUGACACAAAAGAGGCAGCUUGUGAGCAUGGAAAGCCUGUCUUCUGACCAGGGCUGCAAGCUGUAAAAUCUACACAGAGAAAAGCUGUGAUUGUCAGGGUGAUGGCGGACAUUCUGGAGCUGCGCACCGACGGGAACUCGCUCCUGAAGGCGGUGUGGCUCCGACGCUUGAGGCUCACCAGACUCCUCCUGGAUGGCGGCGCGUACAUCAACGAGAGCAAUGAACGUGGCGAGACACCUCUCAUGGUAGCUUGCAUGUCGACGCACAGCGACCAACAGAGCGUCAGCAAGUCAAAACUGGUCAAAUAUUUGCUGGACAACCAGGCUGACCCCAACAUACAAGACAAAGGAGGCCGGAGCGCCCUGAUGCACGCCUGCAUCCAUGAAGCGGGACAUGAGGUUGUGGACCACCUGCUGAGCAACGGGGCUGAUCCCAGCUUGGAGGACAGGGGCGGGGCCUCUGCGCUGGUUCACGCCAUCAACGCAGAUGAAAAGCAAACGCUAAAGCUGCUCCUGGACGCUUGCAAAGCCAAAGGAAAAGAGGUGAUUAUAAUCACCACCGAUAAGUCGCCAUCUGGCACCAAAACCACCAAACAGUACCUAAAUGUUCCUCCGUCUCCAGAGGUGGUUGACAAGUCCUCUUCGGCAUACUGCACCUCACCUUCUGAUAUACACGUCGCUGCAUCUCUUACGAUGGAGGAAGAGCAACAAAACACCGUCUUCAGCUUCCAGACGAAGCUGAAAACGUCCUGCUCGGCCAACAAACUGGCCAACGGGCACACGUCGCCCAUGCGGCGGCCCGCCAGCCACAAACGAGCGCGUUUACCUCAGCUGAAGCGUCUGCAGUCGGAGCCCUGGGGGCUGAUCGCGCCCUCCGUGUUGGCCGAACGAGCGAGCGGCCACGACGAAAGCAAGAAGGCCAGCUCGGACGAGGACAUGGUGGCAGGUGUGAACGGCCUGACUCUGAGCAAGAGGGCCGCUUUGUCUCGACAGAACAGCGUGGAUGGCAAAGAAAGCGCUUUCCCGCUGGUGGCUGAGCAAGGCUGCAAAAUGACAACCUCGCUGUCGGUUCCCCCGACCUCUAAAGUAGCCUAUGAGAGAUCUCUGGGCCAGCACCAGCCUUUGGCACGACGCAGCACUGUGCCCGCCGAGCAAGAGGGCGGCAGCAUUGGGCACCCCGGUCUCAGAGACACCGUGUACAAGAGGCGACUUGGGAACGACCACUAUGACUCUGACUCCCAGCUCUACUCUGACUCGGUCAUGCUGGACUCCCCGAAGGUGCCAGUGGAGCGAAGGAAACUGAACACUUCCCCUCUGGCCGUGUUGACCAGUUCCAGAGAGUCCCUUGACAGUAACGCCAGCACGUCCUCACCCAGCGCCAUACGCCGUCGUCCGCCGGGCCUCCUGGAGAGGAGAGGUUCCGGCACCCUGCUCCUGGAUCACAUCUCCCACACCAGGCCUGGCCACCUGCCCCCUCUCAACGUCAACCCCAACCCUCCCAUCCCUGACAUUGGCGCCAGUAGCAAGCCAUCCUCGCCUUUGGCCAGCGGCUUUCGAUCCUUAGCGCCAGUAGCACCGAACACACCAAAGAGAGGCGGGUUGAAGUGCAAGAAAAAACUUGUGAGAAGACACUCUAUGCAAGUGGAGCAGAUGAAGCAGCUGUCUGACUUUGAGGAGCUAGCUCAUUAGUGACUGGGGGUGUUUAUGCAGCAUUUUUAGUGUUGACCGCCUACAUUGCCAGCAAGUGCAUCCAUGAGUUCAGUCGUGUAGACUUACAGGCGUGUAGAUGUUGAAUAACAAACUGGAAAAUGAAGUUACAACUGAGCAAUAUACGUAGGUUUCAGAACUGGGCCCAAGAAAUUGCUUUGCAAGUCACAACUCAGUCUCAAGUCUUUGCCCUCAAGUCCCCAGUCAAGUCCCAAGUCGAGUCAGCCAAGUCCCGAGCCAAGGCCCAAGACCUACAUUUUGAGUUUCAAAACCUAGGACUUGUGACUUGACUGAUACUUGAAGUCAAGACAGGCAAGUCCAGAGUCAAGUGGCAAGUCCUGUUUCAAAGUCUCACACUUGCGACUGGACUUGGGACUUGGCUGUCUCAACUUGGGGCUUGACUCGGGACUUGAGGGCAAAGACAAAAGACUUACUUGUGACUUGCAAAGCAAUGACUUGGUCCCACCGCUGGUAGAUUUCCUCCUUGUGUCGCUUCCCACCUUGAGGAUUAUCUUUUGACGCCAUGUCUGCUUUAAAUGUAUUGAAUGUAAACGACAAGUUAUGACAUAUGAAGGAUCUCUCCUACGUGGUGAUGUAACAUGCAGGGACCAUCAUUGGUCCCUUUGUAGCCAACAGGCCACUUGGUUGCAUUUUGUGCAUAUGUAAUUAGCACUAACAACGGACUUGCUUUGGAUUUAGUGAUGAGUCGAGAUGUAGCGUUGAGUAAAAGGUUUGACUGUUUGUAGCAAAACUGUGCAAAGUGCCUUCAAGAUAAAGAUUGUGGUGGAAAGAGUUGAUAGAUACAUUUGAUGUAUUAAAAACAAUUCGUAACAAAUAAGGAUGUAACCAAAAUGUGUUUCAUUUCAUCAAUAUUGUUGGCGUCACAGGCAGUGAAUAAUAUGCCUUUAAAAAGCAGAUGCAAUGAUGUAUGUCGUGGUACUUCAUUGCCUAGGAAGAAGAAAAGCAAGACAAACGUUGCCAUUGUAACAGUGUUAGCACUCACGCAUUUUAACAGCACAUGUAGUAUUUCAAUUUAAUUAAAGCCACAUUGGUGAUAACUGUGUGAUCAAAUGUCAUUUCACGCUUAUGGCAAUCAAAUUUUUCAUAACUUUCACCACCUUAAUAAAUACUUAAAAUCAAAAGUGUGAGUGUAUGUGUGCGCGCCGUGUGUUAGUGAGCUGUUCCUGCUGUGCACGCCUCAACCUCUCGGGGGCAGUGUGGUGCACGCAUGUAGAUUACGCAACUUCAUCAGAAGGCCUCAGACCAGAAGAAAGUCGCGAUUGAACCGCGUUCAAAAUAACUCGUUUUUGACAGAAUAGGAAGAAUAUAUGCCCGUGGGGAUUGUUAUAUUACAUUAAACCCAAAAGUAAGUGUUACUUCUUCGUUUUGUGUUUGAAUAUUGAUUAUUUGAAAGUACAUCCCUCCCGUGUAUUUCAAAUGCUAACUUUUGCUAGCCGCUUUUGCAAUCGAGUGCUAGCAUUAAAUUGCCGAUGGAUAAAAACAAAGUACUGUAGGUGUUGUAUAAAAUACACAACGUAUGUAUUUCUUUUAUUUGUGUUUCACGUUCAACGGGUGUGUCAAUAAGAAGCUUAAAGUAGGCAAAGCUGGACUGGUUUUGAGGAACUGAAUGAAUAAGCUUCACGCGUUGUUGGUUGUGGAAUUUGACAAGAUAGCGAGUAAAGGAUGAGUGAGUGAGGCAGGACAGAUUGCGUUCACACAUGGUUGAAUAACUUGUUACGAAGUCAUUUUAAGAGUAAUUGUUUUUGCGUGUACCUGUAUAUGUUCAACAGAGUUACUAAGUUAUUAAUUGUUUAUCAUUUUUUAUUUUGACAGUUCAUGCCCCUUUUAAACAACACAAAAUGCAUAUUUUUGUGCACUUCAAAAAAUAUACUUGGCAGAUAUUGGAGAUUAUAUCAUUAUCAUACAUUUGUAUGUUUUUGUGUGUUGGUCCAUGGCCUAUUGUAAAGCUAUUUGAACAUCAACUUUUGGUUGAUAUUUUUUUAAUUAUUAUAAUUAUUGUUCAUAAUUUAUUAUUUUAAGAGGUCAUGCAGCAACCUGUUUGUGCACUUUUGUUCACUGUCAAUUUAGGAUCAUCUUUUUUU